AUGAACUCUUUCGUCGCUCAAUUUCGUCCGCACCCUGUAGUCCCUACCUCUGAGCCCUCACAGACCAUCGUCGCCUCCAGUGCAGUUGGGACCCGACCCGUUGUCGCUCUUACCCCACGUCAGAGGACCCAGCAGAGCAGCAACAGCACCAACACUCAUUCGACAUGUGACGAGGAUGGAAAGAAAGGACGCACCUGCAUGCAGCGAGAGAAGGAGCGCGAACGAGCCUAUUUUUGCAGUGCAGUAGCCAUGAAACUUAAAGCUCUUCACGGAUUCGGGAUACUUUCGUCGGGAACUAUGGAGUACAUCAGUCAUUUUAGUCGCGCUGCAGCUAUAGGGGAGUAUCAGCCGCACAAGUGCGGGGAAGUUAAAGUGUCGUGA